AACAAAUAUGGAUGACUUUAUCGUCCGUCAAAGCAAUGUAGCCGACCCACUGAUUUAAAUUAAAUAUGUGUAAGUCGUAAUCUUAAUCACAGACGCUUUGUGCUGAAAUAACAAUACUUCAAACAGUAUAUAAAACAGUUCAGCUGCAGCCAUGUCGUCUGACAGUGAAUUAGAGGAGUUUUUUGAUGCGGAAGAUUUAACUCCGAAGAGGGUGCUGUUAUCCCGUACCAGUCCACGUCUGGACAGCCUAGAUGAGCUGGAGAGAGAGGAGUUAGCUUUACUGGAGCUGCGCAGACAGCAGGAGGAGAGGAGGCGGAAGGAGGACUCAGAGCUGCAGAGGAGGCUAGAGGCCCUGAAUGUGAAGAAGAAGGAGAAGACUGUGGACAGACCAGAGGAAAAAAAAACAGGUGACAAUGAGAAGCGUAGAAGAAGACAUGAAGAAUUACGUAAGAAAAUGACUGAUCCUGGUAGCAGCUCUGAGACAUCCUCCCAGGACUCCUUCUCGGAGGAUGAAAAUUCUGACCUUGAAGACGAAAAUCUGAUACAGUCCCAAUAUGGCAAGGACUCUGUGAACACAAACAACAAUGGUUGUUUUGGGUCUAGUACCCCACUAGGACAGGCCAGUAUCGAGCAGCUUGAUAAGUUCUGUGACAUCUCCCAUAACAUGAAUGAUGCCUAUCCGGAAAAAAUUAAAGUGUCAAAACAGUUACAGGAUUUGAUUGCAGAGAAAUCUCGUACAGGUUCUUUAGACAACAACCAUAUUGAUCCAGAAGAUGUUGUAGAAAACGUUCUGCAGGAAAGCAUGCUAUUAUGUGAUGAUGAACCAGACAUUGUUAGGAGCACAAAGACGCGCACCCCUCUCAGCACCCUGCAAGGCCUCCCCUGUGUGCCCUCGGUGAGCCCCCCUAGCCCCGUCAAGCCAGGGAACACUGCUGACCCUGUAGCCCCACCACGCCUGAAAAAGAAGCUGAAACUCUCUACAGAUAGGUUUGACUCGGCAAGCAGCUCUGUGGCAAGUGAGAGCGACUGCAUGGCAGGUACGCCUUCUGUAGUGCCAGGGCUGGACCCACAGUCCCCAGGGUUGCCUCAGUCCUCAAUGAUGGACCCCCAGUCCCCUGGGCUGCCUCCAGAGUACCUGCUGCCCGAGUACCAGCUUGAUAGACUUAAAGCAGAUAUUGAACAGACUCUAGACCUCAGGGCCCUCAUGCGAGGCAAACGGCAUGUCAAAACACAGGAGGCAGAAGCUCUGGCUGUGAACUCGGACCAUGAAUCCCCAUGUCACUUUCUGAAGGUGUCAAACAGAGACGGAGUAAAGUCAGCCAGCCUAGACAGGGCCUCAAAGACAUCCAGCUUAGAAGGCUCAGCCAAGAGUUCCAGCCUAGAACAGUCAGCCAAGACUUCCAGCCUGGAAAGGUCAGCCAAGACUUCCAGCCUAGAAGGGUCAUCCAAGACCUCCAAUCUAGAUGGGUCAGCCAAGACUUCCAGCCUAGAAGGGUCAGCCAAGACUUCCAGCCUAGAAGGGUCAGCCAAGACUUCCAGCCUAGAAAGGUCAGCCAAGACUUCCAGCCCAGAAGGGUCAGCCAAGACUUCCAGUCUAGAAGGGUCAGCCAAGACUUCCAGCCUAGAAGGGUCAGCAAAGACUUCCAGCCUAGAACGGUCAGCCAAGACUUCCAGCCUUGAAGGGUCCAAGAAGUCGAGCAGGGAUCAUUCUUCCAAGACAUCCAGUAUGGAGAGUGAUGUUACAGAUGGAAAGGGCAGCUGCAAGUCUUCCAGCAUGGACAGCAGACACAGCAAGUCCUCCAGUCUGGAUAAAAGCGAGCGUCGUCGCUCACGAAACGUGAGUGGUUCCGAGUUGGCACGUAAGAGCUCCUUGUCCCGCCAGCGUGCUUCACCCACUAAGCCUCUUACAGAUGAGGAGGUGCUGAAUGCAGUGAUGGUGAAAAACCUGGACACUGGAGAGCUGGUGCCUCUCAUUGAAGCUGACCGCAGGCUGCCCAAGUGCAUCGACCCCCUUGUACUGCACAUAAUGGAGCGAACCAACGAGCUCCACAGUGGGGGCCGCUCUGAUGAUGACACCAAGUCUGAGAGUGGCAGAUCCAGUGUGUCUGAGGGAGGACUCAGGAAGAAAGGUGCCAGACUGAAGCGUCUGUUUGGGAAGAAGGUUGGCAAGACUGUAAGCAAGGUCAAGUCUGUGGCUGAUCAAGUGAUGCAUAAUGAAGAAAACAAUACAAUUGUAGAAGGGGAGGUGUCAGAUGAUGGCAGAAAAUACAAGUUCAAGGCAAACCACAACAAGAAAGGUCCUUAUGACUUUGGUCAGCUCAAGUUUGUACAGGAUCUCAGUGGGGAACAUACGGGUGCAGUCUGGUGCAUGAAGUUCUCCCCCUGUGGCAGACUGUUGGCCACAGGGGGACAAGACAGUGUGUUGAGGAUAUGGGUGCUGGAUUCCUGCUUCCACUACUUUGAUGAUAUGAGACAAAAAUACAUUGAAAUGAAAGUUUCCCCUGCCGCGUCACAAGAAAGCCUCAGCUCAAUUCCAUCUGUUUCCUCAGAAAUGUCUUCAGUCGAUGUUGGGGCAUGUGCAGAUGGAGAGGAGGAUAACAAAGGCCCGUUCAAGUCAAAGCCCUUCUGUAAAUACAGGGGCCACACUGCCGACCUGCUGGAUGUCACAUGGUCUAAGAACUACUUUAUCCUGUCUUCCUCGAUGGACAAGACCGUGCGGCUGUGGCACAUAUCUCGCCGGGAGUGUCUCUGUACGUUCCAGCACAUGGACUUUGUCACUGCCAUCGUCUUCCACCCCAGGGAUGACCGCUACUUCCUGAGUGGGUCGCUGGAUGGCAAGUUGAGGCUGUGGAACAUCCCCGACAAGAAGGUAACCAUGUGGAACGAGGUGGAGAACAACAGCCUGAUUACCACCGCUAACUUCUGUCACAAUGGCAAGUUUGCUGUCGUGGGAACAUACGAUGGCAAGUGCAUCUUCUACAGCACUGAGCACCUUAAAUACUAUACCCAGAUUCACGUUCGUUCAACACGAGGAAAGAACUCAAAGGGUAAAAAAAUCACAGGAAUUGAGCCAUUACCUGGCGAAGACAAGGUUUUGGUGACAUCCAAUGACUCUCGUGUUCGUCUCUAUGAUCUAAGGGACCUCACUCUCUCCUGUAAAUACAAGGGUCUCACCAACACCAGUAGUCAGAUCAGAGCUACAUUCAGUCAGCGAGGCAAGUACCUGGUAUGUGGGUCUGAGGACCACUUCAUCUACCUGUUUCGCACACAACACGAGUUCUACAAGUUCUCGUCAGCUCGUAGGGACAGGAAUGACUACUUUGAGGCGUUCAAGGUGCACAAUGCAGUGGUGACUGCGGCGGUGUUUGCUCCCAGCCCGCUCAACUUCCUGCCCCCAGAUGAGAGCAGCCAGGGCUCCUCCCGCAGACUAAAGGACUCCACUCUUGAAGCCCUGCCCACGUCUGCCCCCUCCCUUAGCUCCAUGGGUGUCAAGGAGACCAGUGCAGAGUUCAUAAUCAGUGCAGAUAUGUUGGGAUGUAUCAAGGUGGUCCGGGCUAGAUAGCCUUAUUGCCAGCUACUAAGCUACACACUUCACAUACCGGUACUGAAUUAUUGAACACAUGAAUGGAAUUCAUUUUUUGUGUAAUGGCCAGAUUGCUUACCAGUGUGUUUGUAUUAACAUUUAGAUUAAAUUAUAUUAAUAAAUAUAUUUAAUAUUAAAUAUUAUGUUUACAAUCUAAAAAUAUUUAAUAUAACAUAUAAUGUGAUAAAUUUAUGUUAUACUGUAUAUAAGUUAGUAUAUAUGUAAUGCAAGGUGUUAACAAAUAUGUCAAUCGAACCCUUAUUACAGUUAUUAAAAAUAAUGUGUUUAUAUAAUCAUUUACAGUUCAAAUCUUUGUAUAACCCUGUAUUAUAAAGGUUGUGAUGAGGGAUCACUGAAACACUGAUUUUUUAUUGGUUAACUUUACUUUACAAAAUAUUAGUUUAUUUUUAGCUCAUCUAUUUUUUGAAAAAAAAUUAUGAGCUAUUGUCAUCACCUUGGCGUGGGCGUUGGCGUCCGGUUAAGUUUUGCGUUUAGGUCCACUUUUCUCAGAAUGUAUCAAUGCUAUUGCAUUCAAACUUGGUACACUUACUUACUAUCAUGAGGGGACUGGGCAGGCAAAGUUAGAUAACUCUGGCGUGCAUUUUGACAGAAUUAUGUGCCCUUUUAUACUUAGAAAAUUGAAAAAUUUGGUUAAGUUUUGUGUUUAGGUCCAUUUUAUUCCUUAAGUAUCAAAGCUAUUGCUUUCAUACUUGCAACACUUACUAACUAUCAUAAGGGGACUGUGCAGGCAAAGUUAUGUAACUCUGACUGGCAUUUUGACAGAAUUAUGUGCCCUUUUUAUACUUAGAAAAUUGAUGUUUAGGUCCACUUUAUUCCUACAGUAUCAAAGCUAUUGCCUUCAUACUUGCAACACUUAUUAACUAUCAUAAGGGGACUGUGCAGGCAAAGUUAUGUAACUCUGACUGGCAUUUGGACGGAAUUAUGGGCCCUUUAUACUUAGAAAAUGUUGUUAAGUUUUGUGUUUUGGUCCACUUUACCCCUAAAGUAUCAUAGAUAUUGCUUUCAUACUUGGAACACUCGCAAACUAUCAUAAGGGGACAGUAAAAGGACAAGUUGCAUAACUCUGGUUGUCAUUUUUACGGAAUUAUGGCCCUUUUUUGACUUACUAACUUUAAAUAUAUGGUUAAAUUUGUGUUUCGAUCCACUUUACUUCUAAAGUAUCAAGGCUAUUGCUUUCAAACUUCAAAUACUUUCAUGCUAUCAUGAGGUAACUGUACCUGGCAAGUUGAAUUUUACCUUGACCUUUGAAUGACCUUGACUCUCAAGGUAAAAUUAUUAAAUUUUGCUAAAAUUGCCAUAACUUCUUUAUUUAUGAUUAGAUUUGAUUGAUACUUUGACAAAACUACUCUUACCUGACAAACCACAAUAGACUCCACCCAAACCA